CGGUUUCUCCCUUGAUUACCAAUCAAAGAAAGAACGUUGCAGCAAGUGAAGAUGAUAACAUCAACCGAUACAAUUCAUCUGAACCGCUUCCAAGUGCUCCGAGAAGACGAAGCCAGCUUUAACAAUAGAGCUGACUCAUCUCAGAUGAAUUCUUGGCCAGGGCAGAGUUCUUACCCAACAACAGUUCCAUUCAACAGCAUACAGUUCAACACAGCUGCCAUGACUCCUGCUUCACUGUCUCCAAGCCCGAGCUCCGUUAGCCCGCAUGAGUACAGCUCCAUGUUUCACCCUUUCAACGGUUCCAUGGAUGCAGAGGAGAGAAGACACGUGUCUUCUGCAACCGAACUUAGUGCAAUAGGCAAUCACUGCAGUGCUAACUCGUCGUCUGUGGGGAAAAAUCAGCAGUCUCUUCAACGAGAAGCUGCUUUGAACAAGUUCCGGAUGAAACGCAAGGACAGAUGUUUUGAAAAAAAGGUUCGUUAUGAGAGCCGGAAGAAACUGGCUGAGCAACGUCCGCGUAUCAAAGGCCAGUUCGUUCGUCAGGUCCAGUCCACUGAGACCACCACAACACAAGAAGCUCCACAAUGAUCCAAACAUAUUGAUUAUAUAUAGUUUAAUUUUGUUUUCACCGAUACAGGCGGUGUUCUUGAGCUAACUCACCACGUACGUAGUCGUGUGUACAUAGUCUUCUUGUUGUUGAGUUUAGUUAGUUACUCUACACUUACGUUAUCUCCUUACAUUACAGAUACCUGAUUGUGUCUUCUACUAGUCUCUUAAUUACAACGAAAAUACACAUUAUGUUCCAAAAUCUUCA